CUUAGCAAGGUCGUGUUAGUUCUGUUGUGUAACGUUCAUACAAAAUAAGAUUAAUAUAUUUUCACAGUUUUUAUUUCAACUUUAUCGACUAAUAAGACUUUGACAGACAAAAAACACGUGUCAUACAUAAAGAUUGAUUCAAGUAUAUCAAUAUUGCAUUAAAAUUGCAUCAAAUAAUUUAUCGACGUGGGACCAGUUUUUGCGCAAAUUUUAUAAUCAAAUAAUAUGAUAAGUAUCCAGUGUACGACGUUGCUUUAUUCCCUUGCGGCAACUGUGCUCAGCGGUGCAAUUUUGCUUUUGAUUGGUCUUCGUGUCUACGUUGUCUAUACUUUGGGCAUUUGUAAGAGCAAAAACAAAAUGAACGGAAAAACGGUGAUAAUCACUGGAUGUACUUCCGGUAUCGGCAAAGAGACCGCAAGGGAUAUUGCCAAAAGAGGCGCGAGGCUCAUUAUGGCUUGCAGAAACAUGGAUACCGCUAAUCAGCUGAAAGACGAGAUUGUGAAAGAAUCGAACAACAACAAUAUUGUAGUCCGAAAAUUAGAUUUGUCGUCGUUGCAAUCGAUCAGAGAGUUUGCACGACAGAUAAAUCAAGAGGAAAGCAGAUUGGACGUAUUGAUUCAUAAUGCUGGGACUGCGGAGGUUUUCACGAAAAAGGUCAAUGAAGACGGAAUAGAAAUGACCAUGGCUACCAAUCACUUUGGUCCCUUUUUACUGACACAUCUUUUAAUCGACUUAUUAAAACGAUCGAAACCGAGCCGUAUCGUAGUUGUUGCUUCGGAGCUUUAUCGAUUUGCGAAAUUAGAUCUCAACAAACUCAAUCCUACGUCGACAUGGCCGGCUUAUAUUUAUUACGUAUCAAAGUAUGCAAAUAUAGUCUUCACAUUGGAGUUGGCAAGACGAUUGGAAGGCUCGGGAGUGACGGCAAAUUGCCUGCAUCCCGGAAUGAUCUAUAGCGGAAUCUGGCGAACCGUGCCCCCUGUGUUAUCCACGAUUUUAUAUCUAAUAGGCAAGGCCUUCUUCAAGACGCCUGUACAAGGAGCGCAGACGACGAUUUAUGUUGCUGUUUCCGAUGAGCUCAACGGGGUCUCGGGAAAAUAUUUCAUGGAUUGUGCUGAACAUGGCCUAUCAAACGCCGCGAAAGAUCCUGCUAAGGGCAAGAAAUUAUGGGAAUUAAGCGAGCUUAUGGUGAAGUUGGAACCAUCAGAUCCGAAGAUCUAAAUACGUGUAUAUUCUCUUUUAUGAACUUUUCUAAAACUUUUGUUCUCUUGUAAUACACGGUAGCAUCUUUUGCAAUUAACAUAUAAUUAAAAUUAUAUGACUUACCAUUAAUAGAAACAGAGAGAAAGUAUCAUAACUUU